AUGUAUGCUAGGCCAGCGAUAGUGAUUAUUUUUCUAACGAUCAAAUUUGUUAUAGACUACCUUAUGUUCGAGGGUGUUGAGCGCUUCUCUUUGUUCUCUGAACGAAUCAAUCUACAAAUUCUGACAGCAAUCGAGAUAUUCUACGUCAUCAUGUCUAACUUUAUGAUUUAUUCAAUCUUUUACGCAGACUUCGCUCUCCCACUGAAAGUAAUAAUACAAUUUUCGGUGCUUAAUCUCAUUUUGAUUAUACUUGCCAUAGGGUUACUUAUUGUGAUUGAGAAUGUAAUGUGUGAUAUAACAGUGGUUAUUGCACUUCAUGUGAUUUCAAUCAUUCUCUACUAUGACAAGUGCUCAGCUCUUAUAAAAUGUGGCAUCUACAAUGCAAUCGGCAAAACUUUGAUCUACGUGACAAUGGUAUUCAAACUACUAUUUGACCACUUUUUUCGGAUUUUCUACAUUUCGAAUCUCCUUAUCAACUUCACCGACCCGUCCCUUAUCCGUGAUAGGAUUCUAUUUCUUAUUCAAAUUUUGUUCACUUGCUUACUUCUUUUUGUUUUUCUCUUCUAUCGUCGACACAAUUCAGAGCUACUUGGGCCUGUGUUUGCUGCCGAGAAGAAAAUCGGUGGAAAACAAAAAUCACAAAGAUUACCAGAAUCAAAUUUUGUAUUCGAAAAUGCAGCUGAAGAAUUGAUGUUUCCCGCUGAAAAUGAGUUGAACACAAUCAGUGAUAUCGCUUCGGAUGAUGAAGGAGAAUUGGAUGUAGAAGAAGAAUUACGGAAUCAACAAUUACAUGAGCCAGUAGUUUCUGCUUCUCCAGUAGUUUCAAGUCGUGAACCAUCAAUCUUUGCCACUGGAGAAUCAGGAAGAUCUAGAAGACACGAGCAUCGGAUACAAAUAAUAAGAAGAACUCUGAACCGUGCACCAUCAAUCGAAUGCUAUCAUCCAAGUACAUUAUGA